CUAUGAUGCUGCUUGGCCUGCUGUGUUCAUCCAGCCCUGCACCUUAUUGUCUCGGAUUCUCCAGCAUCUGCAGUUCCUACUAUCUCUGGUUUUCUACUGUGUGGGUUGGGAAUGCUCUUUAGAAGAUUGACAGAUUUAGCGACCGGGUAGCUGCUGAUGGUUGGUCAGGGAACGUGAACGUGGCCCGGAAUGGGCUUUUAUUCAAUAUUUCCACCACCAGGGAAAAAAAAAAUCCAUGUGGCCAGGGAACCAGUAACGAGCAAAGCCCGAUAGGGGCAAUGCUCAUGUGAAGGAGGAGGGUGGGGAUUAAAUCAAAUUAGAGUUACAGGGGGAAGUAAAGCAUUCCAUCUACCCUGCGGUGCUUACCUCUCUCUGAAGUGAUGGAGACUGCAUGCUCUCUUCUCCAAGGGCACCCGGGCUCAGACGUAGCCUCAGAUGAGGGGCAGACAGCCAAAAUGACCCCCACCCCGCAAGGCCAGCUGCUUGGACUGGGUUAUAGCCAGUUUGGCCAGGCCCACAAGGAGAGCCUCCAACCUGCCCGCACCAUUCCACACUGGGUGCCCAAAGAUCAGGAACGUGUGGGUGAAGUGCAACCAAAAACAGAGCCGAAGGUACGGAGUGGGCUUUUACCACAAUGUUGCAAUGGUGUAGUAUUGGUCAGGCGAUUGAGAUUUAAAUAACUGCUAAAUAAAGAGCCUUUCAUCUUUAGGAGCAACCCAAAAUCAGAAAUGUGGUCAUCUUAGAGGUAGUGCCCAAUAGGAACAAUCAAAUCUGAGUUUCAAAACGUGGCAUUUCUUUUAUCUCUACAUGGUAGUAGUGGAGAUGAGGUUGUUAGAGAUAACACAGUGUGGAGCUGAAGGAAACAUAGCAGGCCAGGCAGCAUCAGAGGAGCAAGAAAGCUGAUGUUUUGGGUUGGGACCCUUAAGAAGUUAUCUCUGACUCUAGCAUCGGCAGUUCUUACUGUCUCUGAGAUGAGGUUGUUUCUGCUUUAUUUAGAAUGGCAAGAUCACUGUUGUCCAAACUGCAGAUGGUGGCCAUUUGCAUCAUUGUCAUCUGUACCCUUACAAUGGAGUUAUCCUUUUUCCCAAUUUGGUGUUUUUUCCUCAUUAAUCCUGUGUGCUCCUGUCACUAAUCUGAAAUUAAUACCGUUUUGAUAUUAGAAUAGAAUAGCAAUUUAUUGUCACACACUUUUACAAAAAAAAGUGAAAAGUUUUAAGUCGUCAUGCCAUGGCACCUAAAUUAGUGACAGAAGUCAUGAGUAGGUUUGGGGUAUGUUGGAAAACCAGGCAGAAGCCACCACACAAGGGCCAAGCUGAAACGUCCAUGCUGGGACUGGAACUCCAUGCUGGGUCACUGGAAAACCCGGAAGCUGCCUCUGAAGCAAGAAUGAGACCUUUGCUCCAGGACUAGACCUUCAAGCCAGGCUGCGGGAAUACCCAGAAGCAGCCAAAGAAGACCUCCAUGAGGGGACAAGAAUGUCACUGCAGGCCAAGACUGCCACGGAGGGAGACCGUCCCGCCAGGCACCAGGCCUAUACCGCCAUUCUGGGCCAUAACAAGCCACAUCAGUGCUGGGCCUGAGCCAGGAGAAGAUGCCCACCGAAGUCAUUAAAAGAAGCACUGGAGCAAUGCAUUUAGUUCACUAUGCAAAACUUGGACAAGCAUCAAAAUUUGUGUUGGAAAUGUUAUUAAGAAUGUCUACACUCAGGAAGGAUCUGCCAAUUUUAACACUCUUUACCAAGGAUGAGUGCACACUUUGCGAAGAAGCCAAGGAGGCAUUGAUCGCUUACAAACAUAGGUUCAUCCUGCAGGAAGUAGACAUUACUGUUCCAGAAAAUUCCAUCUGGUUCGAGAGAUACAAGUAUGAUAUUCCAGUUUUUCAUCUGAAUGGGCAGUUUCUGAUGAAGCACCAGGUUAACUUUAAAAUCCUCGAGAAUAGACUGGCUAAACUGGAACAGGAAUUGAAUAAAAGGACGUGAGGAUUUGAAGUGCAACUUGGUACAAGAAAAUGUAUCCACUUCUCCAUUGGUAUUAAGACUAAGUUCUUUUAAACAGUACUUGGUUGAAAUGUGAAUGCUUUAAAGUUAUUUUGUUUCAAAUGCUACUGGUAAAAAUAAAUAACUUGAAGGUUA